UAAUAAUACUCGCCGGCAGGUUGAUCAGUCGAGGGAAGAAUUAGUUCCCUUUUUUCGUUCGUCUUCCGCUCCUCCCUUCCUGCGCUUCUUUCGACCGCCCGCCCGCCCGCCCGCCAGCCCGCGCGCCAUCUCGCGAAAUGGACGGCGCGACGGGCCCGGUCCACCUGCCGACGGUGCUGAUCACGAACGACGACGGGAUCGACGCCCCCGGCCUCCGCUUCCUCGCCGACCUCCUCGUCGCCGCCGGCCGCUACCGCGUCCUCGUCUGCGCCCCCGAUUCGGACAAGUCGGGUGUCGGUCAUGGUGUUACAUGGCGUUAUGCGCUUAGUGCCAAGCGCGUUGAAAUUGAAGGGGCUACAGCUUUUGCAGUUUCAGGAACUCCUGCCGACUGCGCUUCUCUGGGAAUCUCUGGGAAACUCUUUCAGGGUGUGAUUCCUGACCUGGUAAUCAGUGGCAUUAAUGUUGGCAACAAUUGUGGAUAUCACAUUGUUUACUCGGGGACUGUUGCCGGUGCUAGGGAGGCCUUCUUGUAUGGCAUACCUUCUUUAGCUAUAUCAUACAACUGGUCAAGAGGUGAGAGCACUGUUCAGGACCUAAAACUAGCCGCAGAGGUUUGCUUGCCUCUAAUAAAUGCUGUACUAAUUGAGCUGAAAAACAAGACUUAUCCUGAAGGAUCAUUCUUGAACAUAGAUAUACCGACAGAUGUUGCGCAUCACAAGGGAUAUAAGGUUACAAAACAAGGAAAAUUUAUGAUCAGAAUUGGAUGGGAGCAAACAAAUUUGAGCAUGCCUGCAGUAGAAAGCUAUCAGACGGCAAAUAUGGAUAUUGACAAUGUCACGGACUCUGAAAAGAGUGCCUCUUCGUCUGCAUUGGAUGAUCAACUACUGUUUAAAAAAGUGGUCGUAAAGCCAAGUAGUGAAGUGGAGGAGGAAGAUGAUACAGACCAUAAAGCCCUCAUGGAAGGAUAUAUCACAAUCACUCCACUCGGCGCGCUAUCCCGUACAGAGGUAGAUGCUGUGCCUUAUUUCGAAGGGUGGUUACACCGUCUAGCUGAUUAUGCGUCAUCAUCUUCUUUAUAAAAGGGUGCGCUCCCUCCUUAAGAAUAAGGAAGUUCCUUCCAUACUUGAGCUGCCCUGCGAACAUGUUUUCGCAAAGAAGGGGAAAUCAAUUACCUCAUUUUUCUCAGAAUCAACUGCUACCUGCGAUUCGCUAAAGCGAACAAUGCUUCAGACUCGUUCAUCCAAGUGAACCGCUAUUGUUGUGAUUCAGAGCUAUUGAUUCUUCUUUACUAGUAUUUUAUCAAGCAAUACGAACUUAAAUGGCUGAGCCUCUCAAUUGUCAUCUACAAUAACAGACAUUUGCUUUAGUUCAUUGAUGAAUCAAUUUCUGCUUGUCUCGCAUCGGUCGCUGCUGUAUUGAGGAACUCGCGGGACAGUUCAACUGCGUGUGUGAAUUACCCAACGCUCUGUAUUUUGCGUGUAUGCGAUAGUGCUCAAGUAGGAUUGUUUGGAGAAACCACAACAACUUUUUGUUAAAUACAAAAGUUGGAGACCACUGCUGUGGAAGUUUAUACCUUUA